AUGUCGUCGAAUCGUAAGCUCUUACUCUGGGACCAUCCAACGUCUUCAUAUGCUCAGAAAGUGCGCAUUGCCUUGCGCGAGAAGAAAAUACCAUACGAGAGCAGAAGACCAGAAGGACUAGGAUCCGGCAAUACCAUCCCGGAACUGGAAGUGUCGAAUCCACGUCUAGAAGUACCUGCGCUGGAAGAUGGCGACUUUAAAAUAUUCGACUCCUCAGUCAUACUUGGGUACCUCGAGGAUGCUUUUCCCGAAUACCCUUUGCUGCCAUCUGGACCCAAGGAGAGAGCUACCGCGCGAAUGAUCGAGGAGGUAUGCGACACUGUCUACGAAGCUACCAACUGGGUGUACUCCGAGAUACGAUGGUCUGGACGAGCAGAGGGUCAGUUGGCCGAUACGUUGAUUGCAGAAGUGGCUCAUCAGACUUCUAUCAUACAGACCUGGCUGGCCUCGAGACUGGAUAACAAACCUUACUUCAACGGAGACACGUUUGGUUACGCAGACAUCUGUGUGGCUCCAUUACUAAAUCGUAGUGUCUACUACGGCUUUGGUCCAGACGAGGGUAGUGCACUCCAGCUAUGGCAUGCGCGGAUCAAGAAGCUGCCAAGUGUGCAGACGACAUUCGCAGAGAUGGAGGAAGGAGCGAAGAUCAUGUCGACGACGAUGAAGAAAGCGUUUGUUGAGGGACCUUUCAAGCGAGAGUACCGCGAUCAUAGAUUGGAGGCUAUGGUGAAGUUUGGUGGGUUGGAGGUUGUGCUGGAGGGUAUCAAGCGGAAUAAUAUUCGCUUUGGUUGGCCAGCUGCUUCGGUGUGA